CAGCUUCACUUGGGUGAAAGAUCGCUAAGCAAGCUUCAUUCCUCGCCAUGGAGGACUCGCGCAGCUGACGGUUCCUGCAACCUUCUCUUCUCACGCUUUCCUUCGUACGCUCAUCGAUCCGUUAUCAGCCGCGUCAGAGACGUGUCUCAGUCUGAGGAUGAAGAUCAUCAUCGGGCUCGGAGGGGUCACGAACGGUGGCAAAACGACACUGACGGACCGGCUGAUCAAGAGCCUGCCUAACUGCUGUGUGGUCCAUCAGGAUGACUUCUUCAAGCCCCAAGAUGAGAUCGAAGUUGAUGAAGAUGGCUUUAAGCAGUACGAUGUCAUCAGCGCUCUGGACAUGGACGCCAUGAUGAGCACCAUCCACGCCUGGCAGCACGACCCCGUCAAGUUCGAGCGAUCCCACGGCGUCAACAACUCGCUGGACUCGGAGAUGCUCCCGCGCGCUCCGGACGAAGGCGUUCACGUCCUGAUCGUGGAGGGGUUUCUGCUCUACACCUACAGACCUUUGAUCGAUGUAUUCCACCAGCGAUACUUCAUUGAAACGAACAGUCCGAAAGAAUCAGUUCGUCAUAUUUCCCCGUUUGCCCGAGGCUCUGGAUUACAGUAA